GAAAAUUAAAACUUACUUACAAAAAUAAAUUUUAGUUGUAUUAUAAUUUUAUAUAUUUGUUUUAUUGUUUAUUUGGAAAAGCGAAUUGCGUUCUUUUUCUUUUCGAUAACAAAUGCUUGCGAUAGUGGAAUGAUCGCAGUGCCACAAAAAUUAUCGCAACAAUCAGCUGUUAUUUGUUAUCGAUGAAGCUGUCGAAAUUAAAUGAUAUUGAACGGGAAUACGGCUACGUGCAAAAGGGAAAAUAUCGUGAAUAUCGAUAUUAUAUCAACAAUUGACAUACACACAAAAAAAAAAACAACAUAUUCAGUCUUAAAGUAAACAUACAAAAAUUUGCAGCAUAAAAAGCAAGCAACGAACGCAUCGAAGUAAACAUUGCUGCCGUAAUCUGGAUACAACGAACCGCAGCAGCAUUCCGCCCAACAAGAAAUGUGAACUGUUCUCGCUGUUGGGCAGUUCGAAGGUUUAUGCAAUGUUCUAGUUCUCUGGCAGCAGCAGCAGUAGCAGCAAAGCAAGGAGAGAGCGAGAGCGGAGCAACGGAGCGCCGUUUACGUUGUUGAUAUAUAGUAUAAUAAGUGUGUGUACACAAAUAGCGUGUCGAUCAGCAGCAGCAGCGGCGGCAGCAGCAGCAGCGGGCAGCAUCCAAAUGACUGUUACUGUGACCAGCACAACACAUGCAAUGGAGGCACAAGUUAAAGCAACAGCGGGCGGAGGCGGUGGUGAGCAGCAGCACGACGUCGACUUGGCUGCCGAUGAUGAAAUUACAGUUUUGUUAACAAAUAAAAAUUUUCACUUCGACGCCCCAUCCGAAGCGGACGAGGCGUUCGUGGAGCUCAAUGGCGGCGGCGGUGGCAAGAGCGCCGACAUGGAUCUGGAGGCUGCCAUUGGUGGAGCACAUUAUCAUGAGCCGGCGGAGCAUCCGCAGGUCACCUGGCUGGAUGACGAUGAAAUCGAUACAUUGGAUCGCGUGACGUUGGACAUUGGCAACAUGUUCUUCAAUCGCGUCGACAGCCAGGACAUUAUCUAUCAACAGAAGAAGAAAAACAUCAAGAUGGUCGACAAAUAUGUGAUGGGCGAUGUGCUCGGCGAAGGUUCCUACGGCAAGGUGAAGGAGGCCAUGAACUCGGAGAAUCUUUGCCGGCUGGCCGUGAAAAUUCUGACCAAACGCAAGCUGCGUCGCAUUCCAAAUGGCGAACAGAAUGUGACGCGUGAGAUUCACUUGCUGAAGCAGCUGAAGCACAAGAAUGUGGUGCAGCUGGUCGAUGUGCUCUACAACGAUGAGAAGCAAAAGAUGUACUUGGUCAUGGAGUAUUGCAUUGGAGGCUUGCAGGAGAUGCUCGAUCAUGCGCCUGACAAGAAGAUGCCAUUGUAUCAGGCGCACACCUAUUUCCAGCAGCUCGUCAACGGGCUGGAGCAUUUGCACAGUUGUCGCAUCAUUCACAAGGACAUCAAGCCGGGCAAUCUACUGCUGACGCUGGAUCAGACGCUCAAGAUAUCCGAUUUCGGUGUGGCCGAGCAGCUGGAUCUGUUUGCGCCAGAUGACACCUGCACGACGGGCCAAGGAUCGCCGGCGUUUCAGCCACCCGAAAUUGCCAAUGGCCACGAAACGUUUGCCGGCUUCAAGGUGGACAUCUGGAGUAGCGGCGUCACACUAUAUAAUCUGGCGACGGGUUUGUAUCCCUUCGAGGGCGACAACAUCUAUCGACUGCUCGAGAACAUCGGACGCAGUCAGUGGGUGGCACCCGACUGGCUUUAUGAACUGGAUGCCGCUUUUGCCAAUCUGAUACUGGGCAUGCUCCAAGCAGAUCCCAAUGCGAGGCUCUCACUACAGCAGAUACGCCAAGAUGCUUGGUUCCUGUCCGCUCCAGCGGUGACUGGCCCACCGAUACCCAUUCCUCCACUCAAGGGCGACAAAUACGGACGUUCCUCAGUACUGCCUUACCUGGAAGCCUAUCACUACGGUAACGAACAGGAUCAGGAAGAUGUCUACUUCACCGAACACGAUGUCAAUCAGGAGUUGGCGCGACGUGCAGCAUCGGCGGCUGCAGAGAUUCGCAAAUCGGCUGCUGCCAAUGCCGCGUGCCAUUUGUAUGAGCCAUCGACAAGCGCUGAGGCUGCUGCGGAAGCUGGCUUGGCCAAUGGCUCGCUGGAGGAGACGAGGGUGAAGAAAAAGGGUUCGGCGAUUAAGAGACGCGCCAAGAAAAUUGUAUCCUGCAUCAAAUUGAGCCAUUGCCGGACAUCGUAGGCGACAUCUCCAGCACCCCCGCAUCCCCGAAAAAACUAGUUACUAGAGUAAUAUGGAAAAGUAAUAACUUUGUUAACAAAUUGUGAGCAACUUUUUGGUUUAUUUUUGUUUUCGUUUUAAUUAUUUUUUGUUGUCUUACGUUCGCCAAGUAUUUAUUAAGCUGAAGAGACAAAAAACAAACACAUUGAAAGAUCCCAUAAAAAAAAAAGAAUUAGUGAAAAGAAAGUUAUUAAAAAGUCGAGUUAGCUUUGAAAGCGAGCGGACAGCAGAAUGCAAGUUAAAAAUCCAAGUGACAAUACCGUGUAUUAUAUGAAUGAUUAUAAUGUGGGAGGAAUGAAGAGAGGCGAGAGAGAGAGUUAUUAGAUCGUUGAUAUGUAUUAAAUGUAAAGAACAAACAAGAAAUCACGUUGAAUAAUUGCAAUUAGCAAAGAUCCGUUAAAGUAAAUUGCGCGUCGAAAAACAAAAAACAAAUUCAACUCAUUGUUGGCUUUUUAAAUUGGCUUGGAAUUCAAAUGCAAAUUUACAGGCGCUGCUGCUGGACAGUAUUUGCAAUGGAUUUGUUUAUGAGAUUAAUAAAAUGAGAACCACUGAAGUAUACAAAAAUUGAGAAUA